AUGGACCGCCGUCCUUCGGAUUUUCCACUGCUUCGCAGCAGUCCUCAUCCGGAUUUCGAACCGUCUGCACCGAGCCCCGAAUCAGUCGCUGCGUCGCCAAUGUUGAUUUCUUCCAGAACCUCGGAAUGUGGUGACCCUCCCAUCGAAAGUGAUGAGGUAAGCGAGUCAUUAGUCGGUGCAUGCAAAAAUAUAGCAAAAAAAGCAUGGAUAGUGUUGGAUUUGUUUAACUACGGCCUGUUCGCUCACAUGUUUGCUACUGCGGUGGGCUACGGUAUAUCGGAUAGCGGUGAGACAAGUCGUCGGUCGACCAUUAGCAGGAUGGAUAUGGUCGAACUGAGCCGCGACCUCGAGGUGAAAAAUAAGUAUCCGGAACUUUACCAGAUGAUCAUUGCCCAACGUCGAUUCGGCUCGACGGAAAGCCGUGAUGCUGCAGUGGUUGUUCAUAAUACAAGUCGCGACGGGUCGAAAGAGGAUGAUUCGAAACAGCUUUUAUACGCUGAAGCUGUAGAAUUGCUAAAGAGAUGUCGCAGACAAGAGCGUCAGUUGCGUGAAAUGCAGAAAAAUUAUGAUAAUUUGCUUAGCGUUAAUAAGCAGAUUAAGGAAACUUAUGUGAAAAUUUACGCAAAAGCAGAACAAGAGGAGGAAUAUAUUUCCAAUAUACUGCUGAAAAGGAUUCAAAAGCUCAAAAAUGACAAAGAAACUUUGGCGCAAAAGUAUGAGCAAGAAGAAGAGUUUCUAACAAAUGAUUUGAUGAGAAAAAUCAAACAGGUAGGCUUCUUAUUAACUAAUCAUUUUUGCAUAUUUAAGCAUUUGGAUAUGCUCAACGGGAACCUCGAUUGUUCCCUAUGUUGCAGUGAUUUGCAAUCAGAGCGUGAUAUCCUCGAAGGCAACGUUAAAAGCGAACAAGCGAGUGUGAUCGACAGUUUACUCACCACCAUUCGCCGCAUGGAAAGCGAAAUGGCUGCAGGACGCAAAAAUAUGGAUCGAAUGCGUAAGGAAAAAAUCGAUCAAGAAAAUGCACUCGAGCAUGAGCAAGAAUUGCUAUUCAAUACCUUGGGGAAGCAAAUGGAUCAGUUGAAUCAGGAAAAAAGGUAA